UUCUAGUGCGCGGGGAUGGCUCCAACCAGAGGCCGGCGCAAGAAGGAGUAUGACGUGGUUGUACAGGGCCAGUCAGCCGAGAAAGUGGCGUCGGAGAUAGCGGCACACAUCGCAGCCAAAGGAUUCUGCACCAUCGACCCUAGACUCGACGAUGACCUUCUGCGGCAAGGUCGUGAGGAGAUCGGGGAGGCUGACGCCCGUGGAAUCCUGAAGCAACCACCUGCCAUGGUCCAUGAUGGCCUGCUUGGAGAAGAGGGGUCAUCGAUGAUCCUGGACCUUUUUCAGGAAGGGCUGUCAGAUUCCAAACCCAGGGAGUUCAGGAACCUCCUUGCGUUGGACGAGUCGAUGUCGGAGCUGGUCAAUGUUUUACAGCUGUCCAUCGGUCAACUGGGCUUUGGGUCGUUGAGUAAGACCCAUGGCUUGCUGCAUGAAACUGGCCUAGCUCCAGAGCAUGCACCAGAUCCCAGUGAGCAUGAAGCAAGCUAUUGGCUAGGAACCUUGGCGCAGAAGAAAAUCAUGAUUCUCCUUUGCUUGGGUCCUGUCCGUGGCACCCUCGAGCUGCAACCCUAUGACGAAGAAGCCGAAGCGUAUGAAGUUCCGACCAUCCCAGGAAGUUUCAUCAUCCUGCGGGCAGAUGCGAUGUGGCACCGGCACUGUGCCCAUUCCAAAGCACACAUCCUUAGUUGUUUCUUGGUAGGCCACGAGGGCCGGAAGACCGGGUCCAACUGGGUGCCGCCCUGCGCCAAAAGUCUGGAGCAAUGGACAGUGGAACGAAUGAGAUAUUUGAAAGAGAGCCAGGCAAAAUCUCAGGAGAAGUUGGAUCUGCCUGCUGGAUGGAUCACGGCGAUGAACCACAUGUUCCACACCGCACAGCGGGUGGCGGUGCGAUCAAUGGCCGCCAGAUAUGCGGGCUCCUGGCAAGUUGAAAAUUGGUACCUUUCACAACCCAGUGGUCCGGACUUGGUCAUUGAAGUACCCCUGAGCCGAUGGGAUGUUGAUCAAUAUUUUGAUCCUGAAGAAACCCACUGGAGACAGGGAAAAACCAUGGCCCGGCAUGGUUCAUUCGUGGAUGGCACCGAGUAUUUCGACAACAAAUUCUUUGGCUUGUCACCUAUGGAAGCGAAGGGCAUGGAUCCUCACCAAAGAGUGGUGCUGGAAGUUGGCUACGAAGCGUGUCAUCAUGCGGGCUACAGCAAAGGAAAGCUCAUGAACAAGAUCGGUGGUGUUUAUCUUGGUAGCAGCUCGACUGUUUUCGGCAUGGUGUCAGAAGUGAGUGGCGCAACUGGCGGUGCAGCAAGUAUCAACUCCAAUCGAUUUAGUUUCUGCUUGGGGCUGAAGGGUCCCAGCAUGACCUGCGACACCGAUGGAUCCUCCUCCUUGACGGCCGUCCACCUGGGGGGCGAAGCAGUGCUGACGAAAGGUCACGGGGUCAGCAACGAGUUCUCCCUAGCCGGCGGCGUGGCUUUCCAGUUGGGUCCAGUCUAUUUGCCACAGAUGCAAGCAGCAGGGCUCUUGGGAGGUUUGGGAAGAUGCUUCACUUGGGAUGUGAGUGCGCAGGGCUACACGCUGGGAGAUGGUUGCGGCUUCAUCGUGCAGAAACGCAUGGCAGAUUGGGUGGAUGGAAAGCAGGUCCUGAUUGAAGGUGAACCUUUGGUGGCCAGCAUUUGUGGCAGCUCCUGUGCCACCAUCGGCCUGGGAGCGGCCAUGAAUGCACCUCAUGGACCCUCAGAACAGGAGUUGGUGGCGCAGACUCUGAAGACAGCCAUGCUUGAUCCCUUGAACAUCGAUGCAGUGGAGUGUAACGGCCAAGGUUCCCUGCUGAGAGACGCGGUGGAAGCUGAUUCUCUGUUGCGAGUGCUUCGCAACGAUUUCAUCGAGGCUCCUCUGCCGCUGACGGCCAUCAAGAGCCGCAUGGGCUAUGCCACAGAAUGCGCUGGUAUUGCUUCGUUGCAUCGGCUUCUCCUCUCGGGCAUGUGCGGGGUUUUAGCGCCCAACAACCACUUGCAGCAGCUGAAUCCCCAUUUGAACUUUGACAACAAGGCGGCCUUGCUCACUGAACCACUGGAGACAGCUAUGGCCAGUAGCUACAUGGGAGUCCAGUCCCAUGGCUUUGGAGGAACACAGGUCCAUGUCAUCGCCUAUGGCCUCCUUGAUCCCAGCAGGUCUGCACCUCCACCUGUGCCGGAAGAGAGGCUGAAGCAGCCGUUCUUCAAUUUCUGGCCGGGAGGAGGUGGAGAACUGGAGGAGGAGCAGCAGCCUUCCCGCGGGUAUUUCAUCGCUGGCACUUGGACCAAGUGGAGAGCCAUCAAGAUGGAGAACGAAGGCGGUGACAACUUUGGCUACACCAUGACGUUGGGUGAGAAUCGCUGGGAGGAGUUCCAAAUUUAUUUGGACGGCGAUGACAGAAGGAGACUACACCCCGAGAAGCCCCGGGCCUCCAAGGGAGUUCCCGUUCAUGGCCCUGAUGCCAAGGCCCGGGGUCUCAAUUGGAGGAUUGAAGGCCGUGGGCAGUGGCUGGACGUUCCGACCGAUGCCUUGGCUGGGGUGUCCUUGGGCAAUGCCGAGAAGACACAGAAAGCCAUUCAGGCCAUCAGCAGCAGCUUCAAUGGCGAGACGCAGUCGGCGGAUCUCAAACUCAUGGAGUUUGGCUCCGGCGACGUGGGAAUGCCGGGCGACAAGUACCGGAUCCGGCUGCGCAUCGCAGGAAGAUACCGAACCGUUCUGUGGGAAAAGCUGCAAGUUGAGGACGACACACCCUUGGAAGCCCCAGAAGGUGAUUACUUUGUGGUUGGAAGUUGGAACAAUUGGAUGGCCGACCAGAUGUCCCUUCGUAAUGAGACCUGGUCAAUAGAGGUGGAAUUGCCCUGCCAGGGAGGCGAAUUUCAAAUCCUGAGAAACGAGGACUGGACUCAAAUGAUUGCCCCAAAAGGAAGGUUAGCGCCAGCCAGGGAAGUCGGCCAAGGCCCUGACCAUUGCAGCCAGUUUCGUGGCUGCUCCUGGUCCCUGAACGGCCAGCCGGGAGACGUCUUCCGCAUCACGUUCACGCGUGCCAUGAUCAAGCAGCCGAAUGGCAAAUUGGAAGAUGAAAAGCGAGUCUCCUGGGAGAAAGUGCGGGAGGCUUCCAAAUCUGGUGCUGGUGCUGAGUUGGCCUUGAAGAGCUCUGUUUUUGCCGUGAUCGGCUCCUGGAGUGGCUUUGGGAAAGUCCAUCGGAUGAACUCUAAAUCAGUUGAUGGCGAAACUGUUUAUACAUUUUUUGUAGAAGUUGGGCGUGAAGGCUACGAAAGCUUCCAGCUGGUCCAAAAUGCUGAUUUGAGCAGAAUCAUCCAUCCUGACCGCCCUGUGACCAUUCCAGGUUCCGCAAGCCGAGUUUUGGUCUCAUCGAUUGAUCAGGUGAGGCAAGAUCUCGUCUGGGCACUUGGCAUCGAGAAAGCCAAUUCCACUGGAGACGUUUACAAGGUCGAAGUGGUGGUAAGAGGCGAUGUGGUGAUGAGUGUCUCCUGGACCGUACUGGAAGAUGCCCCGCCCAAAGAUAGGGAGAUCUUCGGCAGCUUGUGAAGUGCGGAACCAACAGAGCCACUCUCGGAAAAUGGGUCUGACCCCAUUUUUGGGCAAACCCAACUGGGGAAAAACAAAAACAAAUUAAAUAGCACAUGCAACAGACACAAACUCAGCCACAAGGAUGCCAGCAGGACUCGUGCACUGAUAGCCAUAGGGUGGAAUGCUUGCGCAGCCCACACCAUGGCUGCCAAGCAGCAUCUUCCAUUCGAAGCACCCCGAUCUUAUUGCGACGACCGCUGUCGAUGUAAAAAA